AGUAAACGGGUUUCACCUUGGCUGAAUAUCGGCGUGAAAAGGCGCACGUUUGGGUCUAUCUUAAAAUUUUGACGUUCAAAUGAAAGAUAAAUGUCUGCGUAGCAGUUCGGCUCGGCUAGCUCUUCUUCCCAGAGUGAGGAAACAUGAAGCAAGACGUCAGGAUACUUUUACUGGGGGAACCCAAGGUGGGGAAGACGUCCCUCAUCAUGUCUCUGGUGGGAGAAGAGUUUCCAGAGCGGGUUCCACCCAGAGCCGAGGAGAUCACCAUCCCAGCCGACGUGACUCCUGAGAAAGUUCCCACUCACAUCGUGGAUUACACCGAAAAGGAACAAAGUGAUGAAGUUCUCAGAGAUGAAAUUGUCAAGGCCAAUGUAGUUUGUGUGGUGUAUGAUGUCACCAACGAGGACACAAUAGAGAAGAUUAAAACCAAGUGGAUUCCUCUAGUCAACGGAGAUGCAGAGAAAGGAAACAAGGUUCCCAUCAUCCUGGUUGGGAACAAGUCCGACCUGCGCAGUGGGAGCUCCAUGGAAACCAUUCUUCCCAUUAUGAACCAGUUCUCUGAGAUCGAGACGUGCGUUGAGUGUUCUGCGAAGAACCUGAAGAACAUUUCCGAGCUGUUCUACUACGCCCAGAAGGCCGUUCUCCACCCCACCGCGCCGCUUUACGACCCCGAGGACAAACAGCUGAAGCCAGCUUGUGUUCGCGCUCUGAGCAGAAUAUUCUACAUUUCUGACCAGGACAACGAUCACAUCCUGAGCGACGCCGAGCUCAACAGCUUCCAGAAGUCGUGUUUUGGGAAUCCUCUGGCGCCUCAGGCUCUGGAGGAUGUGAAGACUGUGGUGUGGAAAAACACCAGCGACGGGGUGCAAGACAACGGCCUGACCCUGAACGGUUUUCUGUUUCUGAACACUUUGUUCAUCCAAAGAGGCCGACAUGAAACCACCUGGACGAUCCUCAGGAAGUUUGGUUACGACGACAACCUGGAGCUGACUGACGACUACCUGUACCCCGAACUCAGAGUUCCUCUCGGCUGCAGCACAGAGAUCAACCAGUUGGGCCACCAGUUCCUCCAGCAGCUGUUUGAUAAAUACGACGAGGAUCAGGACUCCGCCCUGUCGCCAGCGGAGCUGAAGAACCUGUUCUGCGUCUGUCCCUACAUGCCGUGGGGCGCCGACGUCCUGCUGGCCGUGCCGACCACCGACCGGGGUUACAUCACCCGCCAGGGAUACCACUGCCAGUGGAUGCUCUCUGCUUACCUGGACGUCCAUCGCUGCCUGGAGCACCUGGGUUACCUGGGAUACCCGAUCCUGACGGAGCAGGAGUCGCAGACCGCAGCCGUCACAGUGACUCGGGAGAAGGAAGUGGAUUUGGAGAAGCGUCAGACUCAGAGGUCGGCGUUUCUCUGCAAGGUGAUCGGACCGCGCGGCACCGGGAAGACCGCCUUCCUCCAGGCGUUCGUGGGCCGCAGCGUUCUGAGUAAAGGAAACGCCAGCAGUGCCUUUUCACCCUAUGUCAUAAAUACAGUUCAGAUCGGCAACCAGGAGAAAUACCUGAUUCUGAACGAGGUGGAUGUGGAAACGGAGUUCCUCAAGGCGUCGGACGCCGCCUGCGACGUUGCUUGUCUCAUGUACGACGCCAGCGAUCCCCAUUCCUUCGACUACUGCGCCAGCAUCUACAAGCAGCAUUACAUGGACGGCAGCGUUCCCUGCGUUCUGGUCGCCUCCAAAGCGGACCUUCCUGAAGCCAAGCAGUUCCACGGCGUGACGCCGGCCGAGUUCUGCUACAAGCACCGCCUGCCGCCGCCGCUGCCGUUCUGCGGCCUGACGCUGGACGCCGCCGGCAGGAGCAUCUACAGCAGGCUGGCCUGGGCCGCCAUGCACCCCCACCUGAACGGGUCGGACCUGAGCAGCGCCUCCUUCUGGCUGCGGGUGGCUCUGGGCUCGGCCGUGGUCGCCGUUCUGGGUUUCGCCGUCUACAGAGCCGUGGCUCGGCUAAAAUGACCCAACGAUUAUCUGCGUCCGUCACGACCAAACCCGGAGGCCGAACUGUUCUCCAUCUGUCCUGCUCUCUGUCUGACCUCUGACCUGUGCCGGAGGUUCCUCCCCCCGCUGCUGCUGCCUUACGCUCCACCGGGCUGCGUUGGAGCGAGCCUGAAGAGCAGCUCGUCCUCCUGAACACCACGGUGCUUUCACCAGGAAGACGUCCGCCUCCUGCUGCCGUCAGGAGAUCCGACUUACAGAUCAUGUUCUGCAUGCAAGCAGCGCCUGCAAACCAAAAUGAUGCCAAAUUAUUCCGAAUCAAAGAGCUGGACGUUCAGACCGGCUCUACAAAACCUCAUGAAGUCCUGAUGCGGUUGCCAAAUAACUGGUUUUACCCCAAACAGGAAGAUUUAGCUUCACAAAUCAUUCACCGCCGUUUAAAUCCUCUGAUCCUGAAGUUGCUUCUGUUGCAUGAAGACAUUUGCUUUUUCUGAGGAAAUGGACUGUUUUGAUUUUAACAGUGUUUGUGACGAAGUGAUCAGGAGGCAGACAGGAAAAAUGAGUUCAUUUCAGCCCAAAACAAUUUAUUUUUCUAGAAAAUUUCUGCUCAAAUCACUCUUGAAAAUGAAAUAUGGAUCUAAAUGGGACUUUACCUGGUCAAAGGGAAGUAAAGUAAAAUUCUCAGUUUGAAAAGUAAACAUUUCAAGAAAAAAUUAAUCUCAGAAAUAUUCUAGAAAAAAAAUUUUAGCUUCAAAAGUCAAAAUUUUUCACCUUUUGGAGUUUUCUUCUAGCAAAUAUCUGAGUUUUCAAAUCAUAUUUUUAGAAAAAAUCUCUAGAAAAAAGGUGGAAAUUUCUGAUUUUGAAAAGGCGAAAAAUUGCUGGAGAAAAUUCAAAAAUUUUGAGAUCAAUCUCAGAAUUUUUGUAUUAAAAAAUAUGAAAUUUUUAUUUGAAAACUACCAAAUUUGUUAUAAAAAAUCAAAGAUUUUAAAAAGAAACAUGAAAACUUCCAAAAUGUCUGUUUUUUCCGGGACGUUUCUGAGAUAAAUCUCAUUCCUGAGGUUUUAUUUGACAUUUUAUGGCCUUUCUAAGGGAUGUUCAUUGUUUUAUCUACAUCAUCGCGCCGUUGAGUCUGAAUGACUGAAGGAAUCAUGCUGGGAGUUUCUGCCUCCAGUUUCGUCUCUUCCAGGUUGUUUUAAUGAGCCUGACGCUGCUGCUCUGCGCCUGACUGACCCAGUUCCUGCUGCCCAACACCAAUCGGUUGGGAUGGUUCUGCAGGAAACAUUUCUGUGACAUUUCAAAAACUGUUUUCUUACUGAAAGUGAACAGAUCCAGAUGCUUAAUAAAAGACCAGAGUUGGUGCAACGAGUCGCGUUUUACUACGGUUCAAAAUGUCCCAAAAUCUAAAAAAAUAGAAACAAAUCUGCCGGCUUCUAUUUAGUAACUGCGCGGGACGUCCUGACGUCCUCACGCAGGCGGGACGUCCUGACGUCCUCACGCAGGCGGGACGGGACGUCCGCAUCAAAGCACCAAAACUACAGGAAAGAAACUGAAUUCAACCGGCCCGCCUCGUUAAAGGCAAACAUUUGGACAAGUUUUAUUCUUUUACCGACUUUGACAUGAACUUCACUAGGUUCAAAAUUUGCAAAAUGAAAUUUGAAAACUUCGGGAACACCAAAAAUACGCUAAGCUAAGCUACAUGGAGCUUAAGGUACAGAAGACUGUCCAAAGUCAUGUGUGAUUGGUCAGAAGUUUAAAUCUGUGUUUAUUUAAAAAUAUGUUACGGGGUAUUAAGGCCAGACUAAGAUAAUUUUAUGGAACUAAAGACACAAUAUUACUAGAAGAAAAUUACUGUAAAAUCUUAGUUAUGUAAAUUUGACUGCACUUCUGCUAUUUGAGUUAAGAUUCUCUUAUUUAUAACCAAAUUAACAUUUCUCAACAUCCCUCAUCUUCAUUUUUAUGUGGGAGUAACAAAAUUAUUACUUCAUUCUACUAACGUUGCGACUUUAUUCAGAUAUUUAUUCUUGUUCAAUCUUUAACUUUAUUUCAUGAGUAUUUUGAUGAGUUUCCGUCAAAAAACUUUCUAAUGUUACGACUUCAUUCUCAUAUUUUUUUCUCAUUGUGAUUUGAUUUUUCAUAGUUUAUUUUCGUGUAUUUGUAACUUUCUGUUGAAUGACUUUGUUCUGAUAAUGUUAUGUAGAAUGACGUGUUUGGGUCAGUUUCUGUCGAAAAACAAAAGAAAUUUUUAGAUUUAAUCUCAGAAAUGUCCAAGUCUUUUAUAGAAAAUUUCAAAAAUAAUUUAAAACUAAAUUUGAAAACAUAAAAGGAACACUAGGCUCUAAAAAAUCUGAAUCCUCAGCCUCAGAUAUUAAAGUUGUUUUGAAGGAAAAAGGCACCAAUUGUGAAAUAGUUUUGUUUUAAGAGCUUUCAUUGACUUAAACAUGGACAUUUUGUGUUGAAUAAGUAAUUUUGUGGCAUUUAACAUUUCUCUAAUCAUUAGAACUGUUUUUAAAGUUUCUCCUCAGGUUUUAUUUAUUUUUUAGGAGCCAUUCACAGUUAGAUCGUCUAACUAUAGUAUUUUUAACACUGACUUGUGUCUAUGUGCCUCUUGUUUUUCUCUCCGCUACCACAAGGUGGCAGUAAGUGUUUGUCAGGUGGGAAGCAGAACAUUUAAAUAUGGGCGUGUCUACAGAAAUGAUGUUGAGAAGACCUCCUACACCUGACGUUGUCAAAUAUAAUUGUUUGCCUUUAUUUAGCCUUAAUGACAUUAUUGUAUUGCAUUUAAUUUCUAAAAUCACUUCUGGGAAAAGUUCAAAUGAGCUGAUGCUGCAUUAUUGGCUUUUUGUAGAGUCAAAGUCCAACCUGAAUAAUGAUUUUCCCUUUCGAAGUUAUUUACUCCACAGGAUUCAUGCAUAAUAUUGCUUUAAACAAUAUGCAUGAAUCCAUUUAAGUAUUUUUGUGUUGAUAUGUUUUCUUUUUUAUUCUUCAUAGUUUCUUUCUGAGUGCUUGCGACGCUCAUUUCUGAUCCAGAAUCUCAUAUUUUAGUUGAAAUUAGAAGAGAAUCGUGUUUAUUAUUUUCUAGAAUUAAAAAUGUGUUUCAAUAUGUUAAAAAAUUCAUACUUGAACAUUUCAAAUUGCAGAACAAAGAAUUGUAAAAAAAACAAACAUAAUUUUAAGGUUCACCAUAGAAAUGGACUUGAAUAAAACUAUUCUGUGAUGAUUUUCAGUGCAUCUCCCAUUUUCUAAUUAAAAUAUAUAUUUUACUUACUUUA